AUGAAUGGCGAAAUCCCUACAAUCCCCAUUAUCAGCCUGGCUGGCAUUGCAAGUCUCAGCGACUUGCUACCUGAGAUGCCAUUGCCGGUGCCCCUGGCUUCCACACAAGCCAGUCGUUCAUUACUUUUCCAUCCAAGAGUCGCUGAGGAAGCUCACAGACACCUGUCUCCUCAUGAUGAUGCCUUGGCAGCUCAACUUCAACAUGCACUCACCACGACCUCUUAUAAUCCCCAGCACAUAAUUCUAAGAGAUCAACGCUAUGAGAAUUUCAAUCACCCGGAGCUCUCACAACCACAACCUGAGUUACUGAGUGCAAUACUGCUGCGAAACCCACACGUCUUUCGUCAGCAGCAGCAACAACAACAUCCACAGCCAUGGAAUAGCAAUCAGAGUACUGUGCAUCCCCAUCAGCAGCAGCAGCAGCAAUUCGUGUACAAUUCUCAGCAGCAAAUUGGUUAUGCAUCACCUGCCACUCAUGUUGGGGCUUAUACACCAAGUGGCAAUUCUGAUCAGGGAUAUGCUCCUCAGCAAAGUCCUGCUCCAGGAUUGCCCGCGCAAGCCGCCAUGAAUUACGUUCCACAGGGGAGUCCAUAUUCCACGCAGACGAAGCUUUUGGCUGCGCAAAACAAUGUAUAUCCUCAGCAGCCACAACAAGAGAACUACAAUAGCCCAAGCUGGGGGUAUGAAAAACCCGUUCAUACUCCAGUACCAGCCCAGCAGCAUUGCCAGCAACAACAAUCCCAGCAGCAUUAUCCACAACAUCUUCCUCAACAACCGCAGCCAACACACCCUGCCAUGCCUCUUGUAGAGCCGCAACAGCCACAACAAUAUAAUCAGCAACAGUAA